ACACACAUAUAAAAGAACACAACUAGGAAACAGUGUAAUACAGUAGUAAACACUCAUGUCAUUGCAACUAGGCUGCCAGGUUCAAAUCCUGAUUGCACUGCUCUGUAGGUGAGUCACCUGACCUCCUGUGGUUCAGUUCUCUUACUCUGUAGAAGGAGAGUAUUAGUUCCUAGUUCACAGUUGUGAGUAUGAAGUGUUAGAAUAGGGAAAGCAUUAAUAACAUGGUAAGUGCUCUAAAAAGAAACACAUAAAAAUUGGAAAAUCUUUUCAGAAAAGAAAGUAUAUUUUAGAUAUUAAUCCUCAGGGGACAGGAAUGGUAAGUAGACAUUUUAUUUUCCACAAAAAUGUCCUCAACACUCAUGUUUCCAUGCAGAACCUUCUGCUUGUGAAUGUGAGUGUUGAGCCGUGGGAAAUGAGAGCAUGGCCUCUGUGGAUCUGAAAAUAGGAAUGACCUACCUAUCCCAGACAGUCGUUGGAAUCCUGGGGAAUUUCUCACUCCUCUAUAUGUCCCUUUACUUCAGGGGGUGCAGAUCAAGACCCACAGAUUUGAUUCUCAGGCACCUGACUGUAGCCAACUCCCUGGUCAUUCUUUCUAGAGGAGUCCCAGAGACGAUGGCAGCUUUGUGGGGGAAACAUUUUGCCAAUGAUUUUGGAUGCUGUGUUCUGUUAUAUGUUCAUAGAGUGGGCAGGGGCAUGUCCAUUGGUUCCACCUGCCUCUUGAGUGUCUUCCAGGCCAUCACCAUCAGUCCGUGGAACUCCACGUGGGCAGAGCUUAAAGUAAUAGCUCCAAAGUCCAUUGGGUCCCCCGCCAUCCUGUGCUGGGUCCUGCACAUGCUGGCAAACGUGUUUUAUCCUGUUUACACGACUGGUAAAAAGAGCAACAAAAACAUUACAAAGAAAAAUGAUUUUCGAUAUUGUGCUGCGUUUGAUCGUCUCGACAAGGUCACAGGCUCAGUUUAUGCAGCGUUGACGUCUUUCCACGAUGUUCUGUGUUUGGGGCUCAUGCUCGGGGCCAGCAGCUCCAUGGUUUCCAUCCUGCAGAGGCACAAGCAGCGGGUCCAGCACAUUCACAGGACCAGCCUCUGCCCCAGACCCUCCCCCGAGACCAGGGCCAUGCAAAGCAUCCUUCUUCUGGUGACCACCUUUGUACUGUUCUACGCCCUCUCCUCCAGCAUUUAUGUGUAUUUGGCUCUCUUCAGUGUCUCCAGCUGGUGGCUGGUGACCUCUGCUGUGCUAAUUGCUGCAGGUUUUCCAACGAUUAGCCCUUUUGUUCUUAUGAUCAGUGACCCCGGCAUAUCCAGACUGUGUGUGUCUGCAGUGGAAGAAAUAACAGAACCCCCUCAUCUCUUUAGAGAACCGUGAACCGUCCGUCUUGCGCCAUGUUCAGUCAUUGAUAGACUCAGGCCUCAAGAAUCUUAAGAACAAUCAUGAGCCGGUUUCAUUGCAGACAGGGGUGAAGAAGACAGAAGGACACGGCCUGAUAUGUACUGUAUAUAACAAUAGCAUGGUAAAUGAAGUCUUAUGUAAUUAACAUGUAUGUACCUCCACAGUUAUACUUUUAUUAGUGGUUAGAGUGGAGAAGUUCAGAUUCCAUAAACUAGUCCUGAAUCAAUGUGAAGAUACUGGAAAUGUCUUUGAACGUGUAACUUUUGAUCUGAGACUUUCCCAGUCUUAAAUUUUCCCAAGAUGUUCCUGAGCUUGGAAUUGUAAGGACCAUUGCAUAGACAGGAAUAGCAGGUGGGUAGUCCUCCAGGGAACGGGUGGGGUGGGGGGGUGAGGGCAGU